CCGGCGGAAACACACACCUCCCCUUCCCGGACUCGAACCCGAACUCCACUCGAGACUCAAUUCGAAACAUGGAUCCAGAAUCUGAAACCAGGAUUCACAAACUCCGACGUCGUAACGGCGUUACGAGCCCAAUCCGAUCCAGAUCUAGCUCUCGACAUCUUCCGAUGGACAGCUCAGCAACGAGGCUACAAACACAACCACGAAGCUUACCACGCCAUGAUCAAACAAGCAAUCACCGGAAAACGAAACAAAUUCGUCGAAACCUUAAUGGAAGAAGUAAUCGCCGGCGCUUGUGAAACGAGUGUUCCUCUCUACAAUUGCAUCAUCAGAUUCUGCUGUGGUCGUAAGUUUCUCUUCAACAGAGCUUUCGAUGUUUAUAACAAGAUGCUUCGAUCUGAUAACUCGAAACCUGAUCUUGAGACUUAUACUCUGCUUCUAAGCUCAUUGCUCAAGAGAUUCAACAAAUUGAAUGUGUGUUAUGUGUAUCUUCACGCUGUUAGAUCUCUCACUAAGCAGAUGAAAUCGAACGGUGUGAUUCCUGAUACGUAUGUGUUGAAUAUGAUUAUCAAGGCUUAUGCAAAGUGUCUUGAAGUAGAUGAAGCUAUAAGGGUGUUUCGUGAGAUGGCUCUGUAUGGCUCUGAGCCUAAUGCUUAUACUUAUAGUUACUUAAUUAAGGGGCUUUGUGAGAAAGAAAGACUUGGACAGGGUUUAGGGUUUUACAAGGAGAUGAGGAGUAAAGGGAUGGUUCCGAAUGGGAGUUGUUAUAUGGUUUUGAUUUGUAGUCUUUCCAUGGAGAGGAGAUUGAGUGAAGCGGUUGAGGUUGUGUAUGACAUGUUGGCGAAUUCCUUGUCUCCGGAUAUGUUGACUUAUAAUACAGUUUUGACGGAGUUGUGUAGGGGAGGUAGAGGGGAUGAAGCUCUUGAGCUGGUUGAGGAAUGGAAGAAACGGGAUCCGGUGAUGGGUGAAAGGAACUACAGAACGUUGAUGGACGAAGUGUAUUUUCUGAACAAGGGAUGAUUGAAUAGGUUCUGUUCUGAUCAUCUUAAUGUCGAUCAAUCCGCUGAGCUCUUCUAAUUCGAAAAAAGGCUAAAAGAUGGAUAAUUGUGGUUAAGAGUGUGGUUUAUACUCUAGUAACUGAACCUGCAGAUCUCAGUAAUGAUCCAAACUAUACUAGGAUACACAUUUCAGGUUGAAGCAAUAGGGAUGGGAACACUGCUGUUAAGACUUGAGCUAUAGAGAUAUCCUGCGGUUUCUAUUGUUUGAAAGAUUUAAAGAUGUCAUUAUCUUGUAAACCUGUUAUAAGAAUGAUGUUAUAUGAAUCUUUCUCCUGAAGGAUAUCAAAUGGUUACUGAUAUGUAAUCCAAAAGCUGUACAACAUUUGUUGAUUUAUAAAUGCUCUUUCCGUUUAUCAUUA